UGCAUUUAAAAUAAAAAUGGCAGUUGUUUGUCAUUGAAAAAAAACGUGUGUUGUUUUAGCAUUCUGUUUUCUUUUAUUGAUUAAUUUCGAAACAUCAAAACAUUUACGUUUAAUUUUUAUUGUAUUGACAAUGUCACGCGAUCCCCGUAAGUCCUUUUAUAACCGCGAUCGCGCGCCAAUCUGGGGUCGUUCAGAUUACCGAAGCCGGGAUCGUCCCUUGCCGCCGCGCAAAAGGACUAGAAGCAGAAGCCCGCCGAUGGGCGACAAACAUCGCAGUGGUUCGCCGCGCAAAAAUGAUAAAGAUUUGUUAGACGAGAAUAUUUUAAGAGAAAUCUCGAAGCUGCCGGAGCCAAGCGAGCUGUGGGAAAACAAUCAAUUUCAAGAGAACCCCAAUUUCGGUAGCGUUCCAUUGCCACCCACUUUUCAGACUGAGGCUGUGUCAAACCCAAAUUUUCAAGGCAGCUAUCAGCCUUCGUACUCUGGCAUCUAUGACGACUUUCCUCCACCAGCACCUCAACCCACAAUGCCUCAAGAAAUCACUCAGUGGAAUCAAAUGUCGUUGCCCCCACCUCCUGGGCCAUCACCAUUCAUUAACAAUGUGGAAGAUCAAAUUAAAAAAGAAGCUGCUAUAGAAUCAGAGAUGCGACAUCAGAAAGCCGCACUAUCAAAGCAGCGGGAAGACUACAUCAAGAAAGCAGGCAUAUUGAAAAAGGAACUCGACACUUUGAAGGAUCAACGCGACGAACUUCGUGGUGACGCAAAACGGUCUCCGAGCCCAGACACCAAGAGGUUUUUGAAGGAAAACACAAAGUUGCAGUUGGAGAUCCAGAACAAGCUGAAGACCAUCAACAAUGUGGUGGACAUGCUUAAUGGUAUCAUCGGGGAAGAAGCGCCCGCGGAGCUCACGCACGAUUCCGACGACGACGACAAGAGCUCCAAACGGAAGUCCAGGUCUCCGUCGGGCAAGAAGUUCAACUAUGUGUACUACGACCCGGAGAUGCACUGGUGCCGCGUGUGCAACGAGUUCCCAUCCACUGCUAAGGAUUACUUGAAUCAUCUGCACUCAGCCGCACAUCACAAGAAACUAUUGCGUAGAAUGGCGGCGGCGCACAUGGAGGCGCCGUGGCACAGCAUCACCGGCAUCAACGAGGGCUUCCCCAGCUACCCCUCCGCGCCCACCAAGCGGACGCCCAUCAAAGGUUUGCAAUUCUUCGUGCCAUCUACGGCGUGGUACUGCAAACUGUGCGACCAGUUCAUAGGAGACCUGCACUGCGCCUCCGCUCAUCUCAAAUCCGUCACGCAUUCUAAAAACUAUACUAACUUUGUUGAGCAAAACCCUCAUUGGGAGACGGACUGGAUGUCUGACCGCCAAAAAGCUUUCGAGAAAUCUCGCGCCAGCAACAAGAACAAAGCACCCGAAGACAAACCCCAGUACACCGCUCACACUAUCACCUUCCACAAAGACGGGUUCCAUACAAAGAACACUGACGCCCCGGCUAUGCCCGCGCCACCGGAGAAGAAGAAGAAAAAAGAGAAGCGGAAGAAGUCUAAAAGGAAGCGCAGCAGUAGCAGCAGCUCCUCCAGCGACUCUAGCAGCUCUGAAAGCGACGGUGAGAAGAAGAAGAAGAAAAAAAGUAAGAAAGAAAAGAAAAAUGAAGCUAACGAGAAGACAUUGACUGAGUGGAUGACGGCCAUACACAUGGACCGGUUGAAUGAGAAUGACAGGAAGUUGCUAGACACUUUGAAAAGCAGAAUGAAAGCUGAAAAGCGUGAUGCGGAAAAACGCAGGUCUCCAGAUAGAGAAAUGUCCCCAGAGUCAAGGAGGGCGCGGGAGAUCGAACGCCGCGAUUUGGAACGCGAACGCGAACGCCGCUCGCGAGAAUCUCGGGCCCACGAUAUACGUGACCCUCGUGACUCGCGCGACCAACGUGACUCGCGUGAGCCGCGCCCUCCCCGUGACCCGCGUGACCCCCGUGACACGCGCGACCAGAGGCGAUCGCGAUCGCGACCUCGCAGUCCCGCUAAUGAUGCUAAAAAACCGGAUAUCAAGAAAAUGCCUUUCAUCGGGAAAAUGCCGGUGUACAAACAUCUUGGCAAGAAACAAGAAGAACAAAAGAAAGAGGAAAUAGAUCAGAAGAAGAAAGAGGAAGACGAAGCCAGUAAAAAAAGACGCGAGGAGAUGGACGCGGAGAUACAGAAAAAGGUGGCAGAAUUUAAGGAGAAAAUAGCAAAGGCGCAGCUAGAACGACAGGCGCUGGCCCCUCCAGCCGUGGCCCUACCCACCACUCUAGGCGCCCCCCCACCCUACGCGCCGCCCCCGCCCGCAGCCCCCACCCCUGCCCCCGGGGGCGCUAGUCUGCCGCAAGACCUACAGGAAGCGUUGGACAUAAUCUUCCCUUCGGAAGUGAAGCCAGAUUUGUCACAACCUGACCUCUUCCUACCACCCUUCCCCAUGCCACUGGGAUUCCCACCGCUGGGACUGAUGCAGCCACAGAUGCCGCCGGGUAUGUUUGGUUUCGACAUGAACGCGCCCCUAUUCCAACCGCCCCAACUGUACGACGCGCACGUGCCGCUCGUACCAAGCCCCAGUCCUCGGCCCCAGAACCAUAACAAACGAAACAACUCGCAGAAAAAUGACAAACGGUUACAGAACCCGCAGCCACAGAAAAAUAGCCAAACGCAGAACCAACAGACUGCAGAAAGCUCGACAGCUACCAGCAAACAAACUGAGAGUAAAGAGAAUGGGAACAUGGCUAGAAAGAAGGAGGAGUUGGACGAGCUGGCCAUGCUCGGCAUUGAUGCUUCAGAUGUUGGAGCGAUGUGAAAGAAAUCUCGAAAACAGUGUCAGUAAAAGUAUUGACUAGUGCGUGCAGUGAAUGCGUGAAUUGUUCUAGGAUUGAUAGGUACUUUGUAUCUCAUAAUUGGAUAUGACUGGAUAAUAAUAUCAAUUUACUAAUAGUAACUAUCCUGUUCGACUGUCACAUAUACUGGCCAUUUACAAAAAAUAAUUUCAAUCAGCUGAUUCUAUGGUCGUCUUGGCUUUAAUUCUCUACCAAUUAUUUCUUAAAUAUCUUUUCUGUGGUUUCCACAUCCGAAUAUUUUAAAAGUCAAAUGUUUGAAUUUGCACUCUGCCGCUGUUAAUAUGUAAGCUAUGCUAAGUUAUUUAGGUUCUUUAAGUAUGUGAUAUGUAAAAUAAAUAUAGUGUACAAUCAGCACAUUUCUUAUGGUAUUAUAAUCAUUGGUUGUGGCAGCGUAUUAUAUGCGCGUCUCCUUUUCCAAAAAAUAAAUUUUAUGAGUUACCUUUGUAAUUGUUUUGAUGGCCAGUGUAAUUGCGGUGCAAAAAAACAUUUAAAUAGUGUUGCCCCUGUAUUGCAAACAUACUAAAUUAACUCCAAAUGUAAAUAAAACUUGACAUGGGUAAAACCAUUUUUAAGACAAGAUGUGAAAAAAGCUAUGCUUUUGAUAACAAGGAAAGUAAAAAAAACAAUGUGAUUUAUGUACCUAUUCCAAAACUAAAGAUCGCUAUUAUAGAAUUGAUCAUGUUUUUAAUAGUAACACACUGCUGGGACAAGUGUUGAUUUGAAUUAUAUUUAACAUAAAGAUAAUUUUACUAGAAAAAAAUCCACGCAGUCCAGGUUUUUGUAGUAAAAAUUUCUUUAGAUUUAAACACCUUGAAGUAAAAUAAAAGUUAAAUGCUUAAAAGAUUUAAAUGUAAGAAACUAUAUUUCACCUAUUGACGCACCUGAAGUAAAAGAUGAAAUUGUCGUUACGAUAUUACGUAUUGCUAAUGAUUUGUAUCACUCGACUAGAUUUAUCUGUAUUUUUACAAUGAGUAUUAAAUAUCAUGAUUAAUAAACAU